AUGUCCGCCUUUGCCGCCCCCGAAGACCCAGAUGCUCAAGACUACUCUUUCGCCGAAGACGACCCCGCAUGCACAACCCCUCCCAUUCCGCAAGAACAAAACAUAUCCGACGCGGAGAACCCCCAGGCCCACAACUGCUCCAACAACCCUCUUCUAGGAAACGACAAUCCCCUCGUUUCUGAUCUCGAACAAGAAGUCCUUGACGAAUACUCGCGACUCCUCCGAAACGUGAACCAGCUCUCUGAAAAGGUCGCCGAUCUCGCAGGCUCCCCAGCUUCCAUGACUCUCGAUGGAAUGAGGCUCCUAGAGCGCAAGACUGCGACCGUGUGUACACUGCUCAAAGCCAGUGUUUACAGUAUUGUUUUGCAGCAACAGAUUUGGAAUGAAGACCAGGAACAGCAGCAGCAGACUGAGAAUUAUGGGUUUCAGGAUACGGAGUUUCAGCAUGGUGGGGUUUAUGAGGGGGAUGGAGAUGUGACAUUCCAGUGA